ACGCAUUAGAUCUGAGUUUACUUAAUUUUCAAUUUAGCCUGCUUUUAAAAUUAUAUCAAUCUGUUUUUCAUUCAUAAGUUCAGUGUUUGAGUGUCAAACAAAACAAAACAAAAAAUGUCAACAAUUGCCGUUACUAGUUCACAAUCAUUAACCAUAAAUGAAGAACCAUUAUUUGAUCCAAAUGCAUUCGGUAUGGCAACAUUAUUAGGUGGUCUAUUAAUAAUGGGUAUUGCAUCCGAUUUAAUGAUUGAUUCAACAACCGAUUGGUUAGCAUGGUCAUUAGGUUAUUUUGGUCUUGUAUUAAUUAUUUGUUCAUUAAUAGCAUUUACAUAUUCAUUUAUACAUUGUUUUCAAGUAUCAUCAAAUGAAUUAAGACCAUUAACAGUGAAUAAUAAUUUGCAACAACAUCAACAUCAUGUACAUCAUUUUCAUCAUCAAUUUUAUGGAUCAUCAUCAUCAUUAUCAUCAUCAUCAUCAUUGAUCAAACAAACAAACAAAAAAGUUAAAAAUUCAAAUUCAAAUGGUCAUUCGAAAUCAGAUACCAUUGUGGUAUGAAUUUAUUUGCUCUACUUAUUAUUAUUAUAAUUCGUUAAAAAAACCAAAGUAAAUGUAAAUAUUUUUAAAAUGAAAUAAAAAUUUUAUUAUAUAU